AACAACAACAACCGCAGCAGCUAGCAUGUAGCCGACAGUACCGUCCAUUUAUUUUUGGAAAUGUGGCAUGAACACUGCAACGAUGGCGUCCAGUUAAACGUCAUGUUGUAGCCGGAUAGUUAAAGUUAGUGUUAGGACACAGACAGUUUGGAGACCGUUGGUUUCUGUAGGUAAACUAACGUUAGCUUGUCGGCUAGAGAUAUGCAGCCGCUAGCGGGAAGCUGCAGGUGAACACGGGCUGGAAACGCGGAAAAACACUAAGGUGACACCAUGGCUGACGACCCUCAGAGAAAUUUCCGCUCUGCAUAUUAUGAGAAAGUGGGCUUCAGAGGGGUGGAGGAGAAGAAAUCACUGGAAAUACUGCUCAAGGACAAUCCUCUGGACUUGGAAAAGCUGAGCACCUUCAGUCAGAGGUUCCCCCUCCCCUCCAUGUACAGGAUUCAUGUGUGGAAAGUGCUGUUGGGCAUCCUGCCACCCCACAGUGACUCUCACACUCUGGUUGGAGGCUACAGGAAGGAGCAGUACCACGACAUCCUGGAGGCUCUGGAGGUCAUGAGAUACAUCAGCUCCUCCACACCAUCCACCCACGUCUACCUGCGCAUGUUCCAGCUGGAGAGCCAGGUGCUCCCACGGUGCUCUGAGACCACACCCCCGGAUGAAGAAAACGAGGACUUCCUGUCCAUCAGCAGAGCCAUGGAGGAGAUCGUAGAUGAUCCUGUCGACUGCUACUGGCUGAUCAAAUGCUUUGUCAACCAGUUCCACACAAAGUUUGGAGACUCAAUACCCCAUCUGCCAAAGAGCCUGGAGCAUUAUCUGAGUCAGGAGGAACCUCGACUGCUGAACCAUCUGAAGAACACAGGAGCCCUGGCUCAGCUGCCGUACAGCCUCUGGUUCAGACGCUGCUUCGCUGGCUGCCUGCCCGAAUCCAGCCUACAGAGGGUUUGGGACAAGGUGAUCAGCGGCUCCUGUAAGAUUCUGGUCUUUGUGGCCCUGGAGAUUCUGCUGAGCUAUAAGAUCAUGUUGAUGGGCAUGAGCUGGCCUGAAGGUGUGGUCAAGUUCUUGUGCAAUAUACCGCAGGAAAACACAGACGCUAUCGUGACUAAAGCCAUAGACUUGUGGCAUAAAUACUGUGGCACACCGAUACACGCUGUAUAGCCACGUGGAACUGAGGAAAUCUGGACCUAGAGGUGUGAUGUUUUCCCAGAAUCCUCCACAACUUCCAACUCCAGUGAGAGACGUCUAGCUGUGGCGUUCACUCCCCAUGGGGCUUAGUCUCUGCUUAACUGAACCGAAAACUCAUCACAAGCUGCUUUUGAUAAGCCUAGGAACCAUUUUCCAUAUUGACCAGUCAAUAUUCCCCAAAGACUAUGACAGACUGUUGAGGGGAGGGUUAUGUUGACACUGAAAAUGCCUUCUGUACAGAGAGGACAUCGAAGGAGAUCACUGAAGCAUGUUAUGUGUGAAAACCUGUUUGGAAAAAAAGGGAGCAUAAACUUAUAUUUUUAAUAAGUUUUUUCUUUAAGAAACUGCAUACAUCAUAGAAGACUCACAAUAAAUUAAUACCAACAUGCAGUUUUUCUGCUUUACAAAAAGAACAUUUGAAAAGUCUCACUUACUUUCUUUGCUAUGUACAUGUUUUAUAAUUCUGAGAAUACGUUUCUCUCAAAACAUUUUAAAUGUACAAGCGACAGUAAUAUUACUGACUCCUGUACACAGGCAUACACAGGCGCACACAUACUCUCACACUCAGGCAGUCAUAACACAUACAACAGAGUAACAAGUUCUCCCAGUAAUGUGGUCAUAACUGCUAAUUCAUGGACCUA